UAGGUGGGCAGCAGCAAGAGUGGGCUGGGGAGAGCUGCAUCAGAUCAGGCUGAGAAAAGGGUGGGGGUGGGGGCUUUAUCUUGGUCUCAGGAUCCUUUCUAGUGCGUCUGACAACCUGGAAGUGUUUGGAGAGAGCAGGAGAGAGAGAGAGAGAGAAGCAGGCUUGCAUUGGAUAGACUUUUUUCUUCCAGGCUGGGUUUUCACAUGCUGAUCCGCAAAUAUAAAUAAAUAAAAGGAAAUAUGCACACGAGAAGCCUGAUCCCAUUGUAAUUUCCAUUGCAAACGGGGGAAAUAGAGCCACACAUUAUAUAUGUGGAGAUGCAUUGAUUGCAUGGAAUUCAACGAGCAAGUGGGGGAUUCGGCCAAGGAAGCUCGUAACAUGGCGGAUAGCGAGGAAGGCUUCGGGCUGCCCAGCACGCCGGCCGAUCCGGAGGCCAAGGAGCUCCAGGCUGAGGCCAAGCAGGACACGCAGCUGGGGGCCACCAGCAAGUCGCCCACCUCACCGCAAGCAGCCUUCACCCAGCAGGGCAUGGAGGGCAUCAAGGUGUUUUUGCACGAACGCGAGCUGUGGCUGAAGUUCCACGAAGUGGGCACGGAGAUGAUCAUAACAAAGGCCGGGAGGCGAAUGUUCCCCAGUUACAAAGUGAAGGUCACUGGACUCAAUCCAAAAACCAAGUACAUCCUGUUGAUGGAUAUUGUACCGGCGGAUGACCACAGAUACAAAUUCGCGGAUAAUAAAUGGUCGGUGACAGGCAAGGCAGAGCCGGCCAUGCCCGGCAGGCUGUACGUGCACCCCGAUUCCCCGGCUACCGGUGCCCACUGGAUGAGGCAGCUGGUUUCCUUCCAGAAGCUCAAACUCACCAACAACCACCUGGAUCCCUUCGGACAUAUCAUCCUGAACUCCAUGCACAAGUACCAGCCCCGGCUUCACAUCGUGAAAGCGGACGAGAACAACGGCUUCGGUUCCAAGAACACCGCCUUCUGCACCCACGUUUUCCCGGAGACCGCCUUCAUCGCCGUCACCUCCUACCAAAACCACAAGAUCACCCAGCUGAAGAUUGAGAACAACCCCUUUGCCAAAGGCUUCCGUGGCAGCGACGACAUGGAGCUCCACAGGAUGUCCAGGAUGCAGAGUAAAGAGUACCCAGUUGUUCCCAGGAGCACGGUGAGACAAAAAGUGUCCUCCAACCACAGCCCCUUCAGCGGUGAGACCAGGGUCCUUUCAGCCUCCUCCAACCUGGGCUCCCAGUACCAGUGUGAGAAUGGGGUGUCCAGCACCUCCCAGGACCUGCUGCCUCCUGCCAACCCCUACCCCAUCUCCCAGGAGCAUGGCCAGAUCUACCACUGCACCAAGAGAAAAGAUGAGGAAUGUUCCACCACCGAGCAUCCCUACAAGAAGCCCUACAUGGAAACCUCUCCAGCAGACGAGGACCCUUUCUACAGGUCCAGUUACCCUCAGCAGCAGGGACUGAACACGUCGUACAGGACUGAGUCGGCGCAGCGCCAGGCCUGCAUGUACGCCAGCUCGGCGCCGCCCACGGAGCCCGUGCCCAGCCUGGAGGACAUCAGCUGUAACACGUGGCCCAGCGUGCCCUCGUACAGCAGUUGCACAGUGUCUGCCAUGCAGCCCAUGGACAGGUUACCCUACCAGCAUUUCUCUGCCCACUUCACCUCGGGGCCGCUCAUGCCUCGCCUGGGCAGCGUGACCAACCACACGUCGCCCCAAAUCGCAGACACCCACAGCAUGUUCCAGCACCAAAGCUCCCACCAGCCCAUCGUGAGGCAGUGUGGACCUCAAACGGGCAUCCAGUCCCCUCCCAGCAGCCUCCAGCCCGCGGAAUUCCUGUAUUCCCACGGCGUGCCUCGAACCCUGUCGCCCCACCAGUACCACUCUGUGCACGGCGUGGGGAUGGUGCCAGAGUGGAGCGAGAACAGCUAACCAGGGGGGCAGGGAAGUGCCAGAGCCACGGGGAAAUCCGAGAAAACGGGAGAAGGAAAAGGAAAAGAAUCCCCCUGUUGAUAACAAAGCGUUUUGCAAGACUCCUUGAAGUGAAUGUUCACCGCUAGCACUCGAGAGGGACGGACACUGACUGAAAGCACGGCUGGAAGUCAUCGGCCUCGGUGUGACUUGUCCUGACCCCCCUUUCGUUUUCUUUUGUCUCAAAAGAAAAGCCAACAGCCCAGCACACUUCUGUCCCUCCACGGUCCCACCCAGUUUGUGUUGCUGCCACCACCCUCAUCCCCCCCCCGGCCUUCUGCUCUUUUUGUUCUCCAAGGGACACCGAACUCCUGCUGCCUUUCUCACCACAGUCAGAAUGCUUGAACGAGAACAAUUAGGAUGUUACUUUUU